AUGAAGCUUGGAUCAUCUUCAGUUUCUCUGGUGGUGAGUCUCUUAAUCAUAGCCAUGUCCUUGUUAAGUCACAUCUCUCAAACCUCACCCACGCCCAGAUAUUUUAAAAAGGCUUUAGAGAGGCACAAUCUUGCUCGGGCUGCGGUAGGUGUUGCUCCCCUUAAAUGGAGUGAUAGGAUUGCAGCUUAUGCAAGAAGAUGGGCAGAUAAGAGAACAGCCGACUGCAGGCCUCUCCACUCUACCGGAGGAUAUUACGGUGAGAAUCUUGCGUUGGGUCCUUGGGGCGGACCAUUCCUUGUAGCAGAUGCCGUAAAUAUGUGGGUAGGAGAGAAAAAAUACUACGACCAUGAAACGAAUUCAUGUCAUGCGCCGCCGGGUGAAUCGUGUGGGCAUUACAUGGCAGUCGUCUGCCGGAGAUCUACUCAUGUUGGUUGUGCUAAAAGGAUUUGCGAUGAUGGCGGUAUUUUUAUCAUCUGUGAUUAUGGUCCUCCGGGCAGAUUAGGUGAACCUCCGUAUUAG